AUGAACUACGGCAGGCUCGGAUUAACCGAACCUGGUGGCUCGUCAAGAAGUAGCUUAUCAGAUGAACCCAAUUCACGCACAAGAAAAUGCAGACUCAAAUUUCUUCUGAUUGUGGCGUCGAUUCUCAUUGUAGCUUCCGCCAUUUCUGCUGCAGUAGUAGUGGGACUUCGAAAAACUGCAGGCUCGGCUGAGGCUCGGUUUCAAAGGCGGCCCUCCCAAGCCAUAUCCCGAGCCUGCGGUCGAACUCGGUACCAAUCCCUCUGUGUAAACUCGCUUGUCGAGUUCCCCGGAGCUCUCGCCGCCUCCGACAAGGAUCUCGUCCACAUUUCGGUGAAUAUGACACUGCGGCACUUCGGCCGGGCCCUCUAUGCAGCCUCUGAAAUCAGUAAUCUGAACAUGGACUUGCUUGUCCGUUCCGCGUACGAGGACUGUAUGGAGCUCCUCGAUGACUCGGUCGAUCUUCUAUCUCGUUCACUCACCUCGUUCGGUGGCUCCUCCGGGUCGACUCAGGACAUCAUGACGUGGCUAAGCGCCUCCAUGACCAACCAGGACACUUGUAGUGAUGGAUUCGACCAAUUAAACGGGUACGUAAAAAACCAAAUGUCGGACAGAUUAAAGGAUUUAUCAGAGCUCGUGAGCAACUCUCUGGCGAUUUUCGCCGCAGCCGGUGGAAGCGAUGAUUUCGCUGGCGUUCCGAUACAGAACAAGCGGCGGCGAUUACUGAACUCUGACAAUGAAGAACAUGGGAAGUUUCCAAAAUGGUUAUCUAGGAGAGAUCGAAGGCUACUCGAUAUGCCGGCGCCGACAAUUCGAGCUGAUAUAAUCGUGUCUAAAGACGGCAGUGGUACGUUCAAGACGAUCACCGAGGCGAUUAAGAAGGCGCCGGAGCAUAGUAAUCGCCGAUUCAUAAUCUACGUGAAGGCAGGAAGGUAUGAGGAAAGCGAUUUGAAGGUGGGAAGGAAGAAGACGAAUAUAAUGUUUAUAGGCGACGGAAGGGGCCAAACAGUCAUUACUGGUGGAAAGAGUGUCCAAGAUAAGACGACAACAUUCCACACCGCCACGUUCGCCGCGACUGGUGCUGGAUUCAUUGUGAAAGACAUGACAUUUGAAAACUAUGCUGGGCCGAGCAAGCAUCAAGCAGUAGCGCUACGUGUUGGGGCGGAUCACGCGGUGGUUUAUAGAUGCAACGUUGUUGGAUAUCAAGACACCUUAUAUGUGCAUUCACAAAGACAAUUCUAUCGUGAGUGUGAUGUAUAUGGUACAGUGGACUUUAUAUUUGGCAAUGCUGCAGUCGUGUUCCAAAGCUGCACCAUUCAUGCCCGAAAGCCUCUUCCUUCUCAAAAGAUCACAAUCACAGCUCAAAAUCGAAAGGACCCUAACCAAAACACAGGCAUUUCCAUCCAUGCCUGCAGAAUCAUAGCAGAACCUGAUCUCGAGAAAGAAAAGGGGGCGUAUCCCACGUACUUAGGCCGGCCAUGGAAAAUGUACUCACGGACCGUCUACAUGUUGUCCUACUUGGGCGAUCAUAUUCACCCUAGGGGAUGGCUAGAGUGGAAUGGAGCAUUUGCACUAGACACCUUGUACUAUGGAGAGUACCAAAACAAUGGUCCCGGUGCUGGAGUCGGGCAGCGCGUGAAAUGGCCAGGGUAUCACGUAAUCACUUCCAAAGUCGAGGCUAGUCGAUUCACAGUGGGACAAUUUAUUUACGGAUCAGCUUGGUUGCCUGGUACUGGGGUGGCUUUCUUGGCAGGGCUGUCAACUUAA